GCUACAGAGUUCCUCAUUUCGAUUUCUCAAAUUUUUCAAACUUCUCCAGACCUUUUGGCUUCGAACAAAAUGACAUCACAGUACAGGGUGGCCGAUUCGAAACGUGAAGAGUUUAGAAAAUAUCUGGAAAAGGCGGGAGUUAUGGAUGCUUUGACCAAAGUUCUUGUGAAUUUAUACGAAGAACCAGAAAAGCCAGCGAAUGCUUUAGACUUCAUGAAGGAACAUCUCCAUGGAGGUCCUCCUGAAACAGCAGAUAUUCAAGCUUUGAAAAAUGAAGUCUCCGACUUAAAACAAAAGGUUGAGCAGCUGACAAUGGAAAACAAUAAUCUGAAACAAAGAUUACAGUCCUAUGAACCACAAGCUGAGGAGAACAAUCCAGGAGAGUAGUUGAAGACAAUUUGUUUGCAUAGGUCACCCUCAGUGUACAGAGAUCCAUCUGCUUUUUUUGUUGUGGAUUUGUAGCUUGCUUCAACUUUUGUAAAAUAGCAACUUUGUCAUUAAAGCGAUAUGUUGUUGAGUG